UUUUCUAGUACUGCGUUUUUAUUAUAGAAUGUCCGGGCAUUCCAUUUUACAUCAGCUUUCAGAGGGCUCACUAUUAGAGGGGCUUACUAUUGGAAGUUGCUUACUAGGUAUUAGAAGGGGCUUAUUAUGGGAGGUUGCUUACUAUUAGAGGGGGCUUAUUAUGGGAGGUUGCUUACUAUUGGAGGGGGCAUACUAUGAAAGGAGGCUUACUAUUGGAGGGUGCUUACUAUUGGAGGUUGCUUACUAUUGGAGAGGGCUUACUAUGAAAGGAGGCUUAUUAGAGGGAUUAAAUACUUUAGGGAGAACUUGAAGCGAUUUUUAGAGAGAAACCAAAGUUAACUAGAAAUUUAUUUUUUAGAGAUUCGUUAAAUCGAACAGGAGCUAUACCGAGAUUGACUUUAUAUAUUUCUUGAUGGAUUUUAAAAUUUUUCU